AAAAAUCAAUAGUCGCCGCCAUAUUUUUUCACUAGACUCACAGACCAACGCGCUAUCCGAAUAAUGUUUAGUUAAAUAAGUUGAUUAAGAUAAGUUAAAGUUGAAAGUGUAUCGAGUACGCGACAGAGCAAUUACCAAGUGACCUUUUGGCAGAAGCGAUUCCCCGUGCACAGUAAUAAUAGCCUUAAUCGCCAGUCUCCGGCAUCCGAGUGGUCUUCUUCUUCCUCCGGCUCUUGCAGUCUUAAAAUCCGCGUUUGAUUCCGAGGAGGCCCAGUGCUAGUGCUAGUGCGCGUGUUCCAGAGUGCGAGAUAAGCCAGCCAGGAGCAUGGAAGGAUCCUCAGUGUCCUCCCCUUCGAUGGGUGGCCCACGUGGAGGCGGUUUUCGCGGACGCGGUGGAGGAGCCCCCAUGCGAGGUGGCUUCGAUCGCGGACGUGGUCGUGGCGGACGCGGUCACUUCAUGGGCGGCAUGCGCGGGGGCGGCGGCAGCGGAAUGGGCGGGGGACCGCCCAUGCAGGGCAUGAUGUCGGGUCCUCCACGGGGCAUGCGUGGUUCCCGCGGCGGAAUGGGCUACCAGGGACGCGGCGGUGGCUACCAGCCGCGCGGUGGAGCUCCCAUGGGCAUGCGCGGCGGACGCCCUCCCUUGUACUCACAGCCUCCCAAACAACACACAGGUGCCGACAACAACAAGACCGUCUCUCCAGUGCCCACUUCGGCGAUCAGUGGAGAACAGCCAGUCGUUGAGGCAGCCGGGGAUGAGGUCACCGAUGGUCAGUCAUCAUCAGGCGGUGUUCCCUCAAGCAACUCGCAUGGCGGCAGUUCCGCCCCUGGUGGCAGCAAUGGCGGAGGACCUCCUCCGUAUCUGGGCCGUGGUCGUGGACGCGGUGGUCCUUUCAGCGGACGCGGACGCGGCGGCGGAGGCUAUGAACGGCACAUGAACGGCAGCGGCGGCGGCAGCAUGUACGGCAGCUCCCACAGCCACCACAGCAACUCCCUGGGCGGUGGUCCGGGCGGAGAGCACGGCUCGAUGCCCAGGCGCGGAGCCCCGCGCGGCAGGGGCGGCUACAAUCAAGCUCUCAAACGCGGCGCUCCCGGUGGUCCUGGUCCCAAACGAGGUCGCUAUGAGGGCGGUCCCUACGGUCAACGGCCCAUGACGCCCAAAUACCACUCCACACAGCAGCACAUGGGUGGCGGCGGAGGCGGUGGUAUGUCCUCGCAGUCCUCCUAUGGCUCACCGCCAAGUCACCAUGCGCCAGCUCCAAGCCACCACAGCUACCAGACCCACGACCAGACUCAGCAAGUGGAUCCGUACGCGCAGAGCGGCUACAGCACCCAAACCACUCAGCAGGGAUACAACGGCUAUGGCCAGAGCGGCAGCAGCAGCUAUGCAGCUCACACAUCGCAGACAAGUGCUCCGGCCAGUAGCAGCUAUGCGGCCCACCACGGCACUGAGUAUGAUCAGAGCCAGUAUCAGAACUACAAUUCGACAGGCUAUGCCGCUCCCCAGGACACGCGCUAUCAGUCGUACAGCCAGGAUUACAGCCAGCAGUACGGCUCAACUGCCGUGGACUACAAUGCCACCGGGCAAGCGGACUACACCCAGCACGGACAGCAGAGCGCUGGCUAUGAUGAGCGCGCCUAUGCAGGUUAUGAUUCGCAGGCCUACUCCCAGAACUAUUCGAAUGCAGCCGCCUACUACUAAACAACCGCAAUCCCCUCCCACCCCUGACGGCACACUAGAGAUCAGAACGCUGCGCGUGCUCCGAUAGGCCAAGAAACCAAAUAAAAAGGGAUUAGGGCAUACAGAAAUCGAGUAACAGGAAGGGAAUCUAUGUUUAAUACAGCAAUUAACUUGCUAUACAUAAUACACAACACACACACACGCGGACACUCAGAACAUACAAUUUUAGUUGUAAGGAUACAGUUCUCUUUUUCUUAGCAUUUAAGCCAACUCGUGUUGCAACGUCUUUCUAUAUAAACCCCCUGCCCAAAUUUAUUUUUUCCAUUUGUUUUUGUUUUGUCUCCCCACGAACCCUGAUCAAAAAUAUUGAAAAUACCUGCAUUGCCUGUUGUUUAAUGUUUUCUUAAUAGACAACCGGAGCUAGCCUGCACUGAGCUCCAGCCUAAACAAACCUUUAUGUGCUCCUUCUUAGAUUCAUUUACAAUUACGAUUCAACUGUGACCAAAGUAUGCUAAAAUCAUAUUUUUUAUAUGACGGAAAACCACGAGUACAUACAUGAUCUUCUCGAAGAACUAAACUAAAUUUAAAAUUGUGUGAGUCAUGUAAAAUUGUAUACAAAUGAAUGCAAUGUAUAUUUUAGUAGUUAAGCUCAAAACCGCAAACGACUCUCAACACACUGAAAGUUGAUUUCCAAUCCCUAUAUACUCCUGAAAAGCGAUUAUGAUUUUGCAAGAAUGUGUUUUUCUUUUCGUAACCAUCUUGACGUGAAUGACAGAAGCCAGUCUUAUUAUUUUCUUUUUGUUUAUACAGUUAUCUUAUAUCUUUUCUUAUAGCCACAAUUUAAGCAACAAAAUUUCGUAAUUAUGUAACUCCUUUAAACUAAGCUGAGAAAAACAAGUAACGAAAUACACAAAAUAUAUUAGCAAAUGAUGCAAAAAUCAUAACCAUUAUCAAAGUCAAUAAAAUAAUGUUCAAAAA